AAACGUUACCCGACCUUGAACAGCGCUCGGGCGCGCGCGAGAUGGCACCAUCACAGUCAUCACAGAUAUCAACAAGGCUACGCAUCUCAUAUCAGCGCGUAGUUCCAUUACAUGUUGCUUUUUGUCACCGCUACGUGAAUUAAGUAUAUUUUAUAAAAUUUGCAAAUGGUUACUUAUACUUACUGGAUCAUACGAUAACCACACAUGUACGUAAUGUACAUCUAGAUAAAUUAUUAGCCGCGAAAGUCAACUAAACAUUUCACAAUAAUAAUAAUAAUAAUAUGUUUUGUUUUCGGCGCGCCCAAUUUCACAGACAAAAUUACUCUGUUUGUGCAUCCACAAAAUGAUUAUAAGAAAUGAUAAUAAUAAAAUAAGCUCUAUAUGUCCCGCAUUACAGUUUUAAAUCUUUUGGACUGUUAUAAAAUCAUAUUCGCAAGCGAAAUUUGCAACUACGUAAACGCGACCGCGAUCGGCUGAGUGGCGCGUUCCGAACUCUUCCGGAAAUAGCCGAAAGCAUCGCAUCAUAGUUUGAUGGUUAGAACGAGAGCGACUGAGCGCUUAGUGCGGCGCGUGUGAGCGCGAGAGCGAGAUAAGAAAUAAGAAAGUAAUAACUGUAAUAAGUGAUGCUUUCAAACAUCUCAGUUGUUAGUUGUUACACCAUUACAGUUUUCACAUGGGGCAGUAAACAUUACGCGCACUGUUUUAUAGUAGUUCGCCACAUUUGCGUUCGGGUGAUACGUAAUGCUAGAGGUGAUGGUGGAUUUCUCGGAGUGAUACUUAGCUACCAGCGUGGAGAUGCCAAAAGUGAAACUAAACGAUGGCCGGGAGAUGCCAGCACUCGCGCUCGGCACCUAUCUUGGCUUUAACGAGCAAGGUAUAAUCCACUCGGAAAACCACCAACUUCGCUCCGUCAUUUCUCAAGCAAUCGACGUCGGGUACCGCCAUUUUGACACGGCGGCCAUUUAUGGCACGGAGGGGGAGGUGGGGGAGGGGGUAGCUGCGAAGAUAAAGGAGGGAGUGAGACGGAGCGAUAUAUUCGUCACCACUAAGCUAUGGAACACCCACCACAAACGGGAGCAGGUGGCAGUAGCUCUUCAGCAAUCCCUCAAGGCAUCAGGACUCGAUUAUGUGGAUCUGUAUCUCAUGCACUGGCCUAUGGGCUUUAAUGAUGACUACAGCGUCUCCAAGGUCGAUUACAUGGAGACGUGGCGAGGAAUGGAGGACGCUCACAAACUGGGCCUCGUUAAGUCUAUCGGCGUCUCAAAUUUCAACCAGGAACAGCUGGGAAGGUUGCUUAACGAGAGCAGGGUGCAUCCCAGCGUGCUGCAGAUUGAGGUCCACCCACAGCUCCCUCAAACAUCCCUAGUGUCCUACGCCCAAAGCCGAGGUCUAGUCGUUAUGGGGUACAGCCCCUUCGGAGCCAUGGUGUCCCGUUUUGGAGCCCCGCCGCCGAAGAAAGAAUCUGUUCUGAAGGAGCUAGCUGAGAAAUAUGGGAAGAGUGAAGCUCAGAUCGUGCUGCGCUGGCUGGUGGACAGAAAUAUAGUACCGAUCCCAAAAACAGUUAACCCUAAACGUCUAGAAGAGAACAUAAAUAUCUUCGACUUCAAGUUGGAAAAGGACGAAAUACAGCGAGUUAACACUCUCGAUACCAACACGAGGUUCACGCUGCCCUCGUUCUGGCAAAACCACCCUUAUUACCCGUUCGACAAGGUUGAUAAUCCUAUACCAAGUCCUUUUGUGUAACCCUUUGUACUUAAGGCUCAUUUAGAUGGCGCGCAAAUCGCAUGUAGUUUUAGAUACAUUACCACAAUCUUUUCAGAUUUAACGACCGAUCUGGCCUAGUUGUUAGUGACCCUGCCUGCAAAGCCGCGGUUCUGGGUUCGAAUCCCGGUAAGGGCAUUUAUUUGUGUGAUGAGCACAGAUAUUUGUUCCCGAGUCAUGGAUGGUUUCUA